AGUAUAUCAUGUCAGAUAACCAUUAAUCAAAUUUACGUUUUCAUUAGCAUCUUCUAAUGUUAUUAUUAUUAUUAUUAAUUAUUUGUUUUCUAUAUUUAUAUUGUUCUCUGUGAGCAAUGCCUUGAAAAACUGAACCUGAAUAUAAGCAGAUGCUGAAAUUCUGUUACAUGCCGAAUAAACAUGAUUUGCAUGUUUUCAGAUGAACUGUAUGUCAGUGUCCAGCGGCUCUGAGCUGCGGAUCAUAAUCAAACAGCUUCAUAUGUGGACGCAUCAAACUCUCUCAACACUGAGAAAAAAAUCGAAUAAAAUAAACACUUGUGUCUCUAUCGGGUCGCUGUCUCUGGGAAUUAUGUCUCAACAAAAGCAGAAUUUUCUGUGUCUGAUGAUCAUCUUUUGUGCUUCAUGCCAGUUAACCUGCUCAGAAAAACUGCUAAUCCAAGUCAAUUCGACAGAUCAGUGUUUCUGGAACAGCAGUAACUCAACAGUUCCAGAUAUAAAAUGGACAUGUCUGACAGCUCAUGAACCAACAGGAAUUUUCACACUAAAUACCUCUUCUCUUGGACAAUGCAGAUCAUACAGUUUCAACAUAAAACAGAAGAACAAUUAUGAAAUCAGAAUGAAUGAGAUGAUUCAAGGCAUAAAACUGUGGUUAUUACCAAAUGGAUCUAAUUAUCUGUUUUCAUUCCAGAAUUCAUCAGCGAUUAAGGCUUGCCAGGCACAGGGUGGUAUAAUGAGCAUCAGCGUCAGAAUUGGAUGUGAGAACAUAGAUCCUGUUGAUCCUGAAGAGAAAUGUAAAAACGCCCAAUAUAACAGUGAUCUAUGCAGCGGGGAAGAAGAAAGCAGAUACAGAUACGUUCUGUAUUUAAAUGAGAGUGAAAGGAUUUGUGUGACCUGCGAUGAUGGAAGAUCAACCAGCAUUACUUCACUGUCACACACUAUAUCUUACAAUCCAACUACCAGUUUCACAUCACAUACGACAUUUGAGAAACCAAUUUCCACUGUCAAACCACCUGAGAUAACUUACAAUCUUACCGACGAGCAAAACAACGAGGUUGGAUAUACUGAACCUUCAAAGGCUUCAGAAAAGUUGACCAAAAUAAAGUCCCUGGUGGAGGGGAUGGAAAAAAACGAUACAACCAAUGCGGCGCUUAUCAUGGGGGAUGUUAUUGGUGUUCUUCUUAGACAACCCAUGGACAAGCCAACCAAAGAUAUCAACAUAUGCUACUCUUCACGUCAGAACAUGAUAAACCUUGUUGAGAGCAGCCAGAAGACAGAAUUGCCCUGGUGUGUAAAGAUCCCCAGUGAGGCCUUAAAUAAAUCAAGACUGGAAAACAAAGGAAGUGCAUAUGUUGGAGUUUUACGGUUCGUGAACAUGGGAAACAAGAAUGAAACUGAAAUGCACACCGUUUUGAACAAUGAUAGUUAUGGAAUUACGAUGGGGGCUGAAAUCUCCCACCUUACCAACAAUAUUGACAUAUUCAUUAAAAAGGAUAACACGGUUGAUAAUCAUGCGUCCUGCGUUUCUUGGGACGAAAAAGGAGAGCUUAAUUGGACGACGUUCGGCUGUGAGACAAAAAUCGAAGACAACAUCAUAAAGUGCUCCUGCUCACAUCUGACCUUCUUUUCAGUGCUGAUGAACCCUUACCCUCCAGAUAGAAAAGACACAGCGCCGCGUCAGGAAUCACUGACUUUCAUCUCUUCUAUUGGCUGCGGCAUGUCCAUAUUUUUUCUGGCUGACGCUUUAUUUAUUCAUUUCCUGCUACGGAAAGCCAAAUCAAAUCAGGCCACGAAGAUCUUGAUGAACAUGUUUGUGGCUUUGUGUCUACUGAAUGCCUCGUUUUUGUCAAACGAGAGCGUCGCUAACACAGGAGACAACACUGCGUGCGUCUUCAUAGCGCUGCUCCUGCAUUACUCCAUGCUGGCCUCAUUCACCUGGUUCUUCAUUCAAGCUCUUCAUAUGUACUUAUGGCUCAUCAGACAGAACGUCUCCAUUACAAACUACAUGAAGAAGAUCACCGUGUUGGGCUGGGUGUGUCCGGCUCCGAUAGUCGCAGUUAUAGUUUCUUUAGGAGGAUAUGAAGCAGUGAUCCUAAACACAACAUCUGAGAAAAUCAGACGAAUGUGCUGGAUUUCCAAUUUUUAUAUUCACUACAUAGUGAACAUCAGCUUCUAUGCUUUAGUUCUCAUCUUCAUCAUCAUCGUCACUAGGAUUGUUCAGACCAGAAACAUGCGAUCGACUGAAGACAAGAGAAAGACGUUCAGAAAGCAGCUGAUGAUGGUGUUGAGUUUGUUCCUGCUCUUCGGUCUGACGUGGUCUGUGGUGUUCUUCAGUUAUGGACCGAUGCUCAUUACCUUAUAUUACAUAUUCACUGUGCUGAACCUGUUUCAGGGGAUUUUCCUCUUUGUGUAUUACUACCACAUUCGCAAUGAGGUUGAGGGUAAUUUCUCUGAUGAUCCUGAAACCACCGGCUCCACUACAACCUUGACUUAAUCCAGCAUUAAUGCCGUGGAAUAUAUUAAUAUCUAGCAUAAUUAAGACAGAAGGCUUUCUUUGUCUCAGACUUUCUUAGACUGAUUUCUUUAACUGAUCUGUACAGGCAUUGUUUGAGGGGAAACUGUGUAUUCUCACAAAAAUCAAGCUCAAAAACAACACAAAGACAAAUUUCACUUAUGAUUGAGAAAGAACUGUUUAAAAUGAUGCAUGCACAUAAAAUUGUGACCCCAAAAAUGUCCAUUUAUUGAAAUAACUCAAAGUAAAUCUGUGUUGUUACUGUAACUGUCUAUUAUUUUUGAAGGACUGAAAUGUGUGUUCAAAUCUCUGAUAUUAUCUGAUAUUACUGUUGAUGAUUUAAGUAUUAUAAUCAUCUAUGUGUGAUCAUGUGUGUGUCAGAGCAACUCAAUGCAAUGCAAGAUGACAUAAAUGUUGACACAUCCGUGGAUUCAGAUGUUUGUAUGGUCAUUUCAUAAAGCAGCUCACAAAAAUUCACAAUCAUGAAUUUUAAACAUUGUAUUUGGUAACUGGAAACACAACAGAAAAAAAUAAAAAAAUAAACAUGGCCAGAAUCAGUGAUUC